AUGGAAGUACAUAAACAUCCAUCAUCGUCGACAACAGGGACUUCCCAGCCUCCUCUCCGGCGCAGAAAAAGUGUCCGACUCCAGCUCUCGACAAAAACACUCCCUAGUACAUGUGACAAACCGGUUCUUCCUGCUGCUGCUCGAUAUCUGUACCUCGAGACGCGCCGGCCGAGAAUCACGCAAGCGGUAAUGCGACGAGGGCGACGGCGACAGAGACGGGGGCCGGUGUUAGCAAGAGCAGUGAAAGCAAGAAUCUGCUUAGCUGAAAAUGGUGCGCGGGUUUUGAACGCGGUUCCUGCUGCGGCGUUGGCGGUGGUGAUACCUGCGCAUACGCUUCGGUUUGCGCUCACGCCUACGACGUCUGGCUCGAUAUGCGUCGGCGGUGGUGGUGCUAGUGCGAGGCGCUCGGAGGCACCUAGUCCAGAGAGUGUGAGGGCUGGAAGGGCAAUUGGAAUUGGGCCGAGACAGUCGUUUGGAUAUAUCCCGGCAUGGGGUGACUUGUGGCAGCCUUUUUUAAAUCAUGCCAAGGGGGAUAAGAAGGCUGAGAGGUUCUCGUAUGGGAAGGUUCGGAACCAGGGGCGGAGAUUGAGAGGUGAAGAGCUGUCGCCUAGGUUUGAGGACGGAGUUCCGAAAGAGGUGGGUUGGAACGGGGGGUUAUGGCAGCGUGAGGAGGGAGGCGAAGGGGCGUGUGCUAUUGUUGCUUCGAAAGUAGGAGACGCGGGGGAUGUGGAAGGUAGUAAGCCCCGGGGGAAGAAGGGGUUGGUGUUGCAUGUGGAUACGCCGGGCUUUGUUGAGAAAUCCCAAGCCGGUAUUGAAAAGGAAGAGGGAGAGAGGGUGGAGCUGGAGCUUGAGAAAGUGGCCACGAGAAAAGAGAAUACUGAGGCUGGAGCUACUCGGCUACUCCAUGAUGAUCUGAUAUCUAUCAUGAGCAACGGGUCGGUUCGUAGCACUGAGUCUCCGGAACCAGAAGAUGCUGCCCGAGAAUCCGCACGGAACUCGGAAGUGGGAGUCGGAGAUCCACAACCCGCGACAAGCACCCAAGAUGAUGCGGGCAUGGAUCUUGAAGCCGAUCUGGAGGCGGCGCUGAAUGCAGAGCUCUUCGGGAACUCUGAUUCUGAAGAAGAAGAGAAAGAAGGAAAUGGCGAGGAAGCGUCCAAAUCGAAGGAUUUCCCACAAGAGGAGGUCCAUGACGAGGAACAGUGGGGAGAUUGUGCGACUGCUGACGAUUACUGGCAGCAGUUUGGACACGAAUCCACCCCCGUCGAUGGGGUGACUCCGCGCGAACUCCAAGACGAGGACGUGGUGAUGGAUGAUGAUGAUAGCUCGGCGAGAACGAGGCUGCACUUUGAGCAGUCCCAAGAGGUCGAUGCGAAAGGUCCGCCAUUCAUCCUCAAAGUCGAGCCUCCUGACACCGAAACGCCAGACUGGAGCGGCCACGCCACCGAACAAGCCUACUGGCAGCAAUUUGAGCACAACGACAAGGCCGACAUCCCGCAACUUCACGUUCACGGGGGAGAAGAGACUGUCGACGCCAGCGACAGAGAAGAAUGGGGCGACUACCAGACGUCCGACGAUUACUGGGCGCAGUUCGACAAGCCGUCCCCAAGAUUCGUCGACUCGUAUCAUGAGCGGCAGCCUGGACCUGAAGUAAAAAUUCCCUAA